AUGGCGUACCCGCAACAGCGUGCGCCUCCCACGAGGCAAUUCGGCCCUCGUCCUCCGCGCGCGGGUUAUCCACCCCCGCAGCCAGAUGCGUACGCCGACUACGGUUAUAACAAUGGGUACGGAGAAGGAGGCUACUAUGAUGAGGCGGGGCACGAAUACCCUCCGGAGUCAUACACGCCGAGGUCUCAUGGGCCUCCACGAGGAGGUCCGCCACGACCCCCUCGUGGAGGUUACCCCCCCAUGGACCCACCACGUGAUAGAGGAUAUGCUCAUGGUGGGCGACCUCCGCCGGGCCAUGACCCUCGUCGCAGACCACCUCCAAGAGAUCGGAUGAAGCCUCCUGGUCGUUCGCCCGCCGACAGGAUGCCGCAGGACAAUCCGUUCCCGAUGUUUCCUCCUCGGGACCCCCGGGACCCCCGCGGACCUCCGGGGCCUCCCGGGCCUCCCGGACCUCCUGGACCGAGAGGGAUCGAACGGGGCAUGGCCGCCAUGGACAUCAAUGGAAGGAUGCCAGAUCGGCCCGGGACCGCCGGCGGAAGAAGGCCGGAUAUGCCGCGACCGGCGAGGUCAGGGUCUAGCAGCAGGGGAAACUAUCCUCCGCCUGGCCCGUCCAGGUCCGCCAGUGCUGGACGCCCGCCUGGUCCCUACGCGGAUCCGUAUGGCGCACCGCCGGUGCCGGGCAUGAACCGCAGUGCAACCAUGCCCGUGGGCGCUGGGGGUCCGGGCGGCUCGCAGUAUCCUGGGCAAUCCAAGUAUGAGGAUACCGGCUACGGUGGCGGGGACCAUAACGAUACGGAGGAUUUGCUGGACAGCUACUACAACAGCGCCCCAGAUGAGCCGGACAUGCCAAAUUUCGAUGCACAUAAGGGUAGUGCCAUCGACGAGAGCCUGCCAGGUCUGGAAACGCCGUCACAGAGGAAACCAGCGGCGGCGAACCAGUAUGCUGCGUUCCAGCCACAGCCGGGACAAAUGCACCACACCCAGUCGCAGCCGGACUUGAGUCGGGGCGACAAAUCAGGAAACCAGAUCGCCCAUGCAGGAUUUCAAUUUGACCUCCCGGAACCGCAGUCGGCCCCUGCAGGGUAUCAGGACGGGUUCGAUUUCCACCAGGACCCUUAUAAUCAACAAGCCAACGGACAGUACGGGCCACCGCCGGGCAGUCGCGGGACCCCAGUGCAAGGAUAUCCUGGCAAUGCUCCCCCGCGGCCAUAUCGGGCCAACCAGACGGGGUUCAUCACGGAGAACGCUCAGGUCAAGGAACCGGAUGCUAUGGAUCCUGAUCAGAACCCAGAUGCGCUGCCGCACCAUCCUGCGCCCUUCCGCCCGGGCCACGACCAGGGGAGCAAGCCGGCGCCGGUGCGCCAGUACAGCAACGCCGCCCCCCAGGCAGCCCCCGCGCAGAUCCAACCCGCUCAGCGACCAGUCCCUAAGCCCGUUACCCAUGAAGAAAUCCAGCGGCUGCAGCAACAGACGAAGGGCAAAUCCGCCGACCCCAAGCUCCAGCUGGAGCUUGCGAAAAAACUGGUCGAAGCGUCGACUGUCCUCGUGGACAGUGCGCACCUGGACACGAAAGGCAAGGCCAAGGCUCGGGAGAAAUAUACGAAUGAGGCGUACAAGAUCGUCAAGAAGUUAGUCUCGAACGGGAACACCGAGGCGCAAUUCUUCAUGGCCGACUGCUAUGGUCAGGGCCAGCUUGGUCUUCAGGUCGACAACAAGGAAGCGUACAAUCUGUAUCACUCCGCCGCCAAGGCCGGGCAUGCGCAGGCCGCGUAUCGCGUGGCAGUCUGCUGCGAGAUCGGCCAGGAAGAGGGCGGCGGAACCAAGCGCGAUGCUGCCAAGGCGGUGCAGUGGUACAAGCGUUCGGCAUCCCUGGGAGAUCCCCCGGCCAUGUAUAAGAUGGGCAUGGUCCUGUUCAAGGGACUGCUGGGUCAGACGAAGAACCCCAAGGAGGGCAUCUCCUGGUUGAAGCGUGCGGCGGAGCGCGCCGACGUGGAGAAUCCCCACGCAUUGCACGAGCUCGCCCUCAUGUACUCCAAUGCCGGCCCCAACGAUGUCAUCAUCCGGGACGAAGCAUACGCCAACCAACUGUUCCACCAAGCAGGAGAGUUGGGGUACAAGUUCUCCCAGUUCCGUCUGGGCGCAGCCUACGAGUAUGGUCUGAUGGGUUGUCCCGUGGAUCCUCGACAGAGUAUCAUCUGGUACACGCACGCCGCCGCUCAAGGCGAGCACCAGAGCGAGUUGGCCCUGAGUGGAUGGUACCUCACCGGCGCGGACGGCAUCCUCCAACAGACGGACACAGAAGCGUACCUGUGGGCGCGCAAGGCCGCCAUGGCGGGUCUACCCAAAGCCGAGCACGCGAUGGGUUAUUUCACGGAAGUCGGUAUCGGCGUCGCUGCCAAUCUAGACGAUGCCAAACGAUGGUAUUGGCGGGCAGCUGCCCAAGGAUUCCCCAAAGCUCGCGAACGCCUGGAGGAGCUCAAGAAGGGCGGAGCGCGGAUGCAAAAGACGCGGCUGUCUCGAUCGGCAGUCAAUCAGCAGAAGCAGAACGACGGCGAUUGUGUCGUAAUGUAG